GAGAGCCCCGUGCACCAUUUGUCCAUAUUUACCUGGGCGGGGCCGACUGGCGUUAACGAAGGCCGACGGGCAGGCCAGUCUGCAUGGAAUAGGGAAGAAAACGAUAAGGAAGCAACGAUGAUCCGCCGGUGGUGUACUGCUGCCGGCCUUGGCCGCCGCCUUCUCUCCUCCGUCUCCGCGAAUGCUGGUCGCCCUCCUCCGCCGCUCCUCAUUCCCAGGCCAAUCCCGUUCUCCUGCAGCCAUCACCUCCCCUUGUCCCUGCCUCACCCUCCUCUGGGCCGCCUCAAUCCCACCCAGAUGCAGGUGCGCCACUUCGCUGUCAAGGACAGAUCACGAGCGCCGCAGACGCCCACCACCUCCAAGGUCAAGAAGUACAAGAUCAAACCCCCUUCGUCCAUGAAGUUUCGAUUCAGAGUCAUGAAUGACGGCCAGGUCCGCAGGUGGAGGGCCGGCAAGCGCCACAAUGCUCACCUCAAGUCAAAAGAGGCAAAAAGAAGACUUCGGAAGCCUGCAUUAGUCCACUUAGCUUAUGCAAAAGUUAUAAAGAAGCUCAACUUCUGCAGCUAGGAAAUCAGGAUAGACAGGAUGGAGUUUGGCAUGGUUGACAGAUUGAUGAGUACUGUACCAACUGCCGCAUUGCUCAUGCCGAUUUGAAUUUUUUUUUAAAUUGUUGUUUGAUACAUUUUGUCUGUUUUUGUUUUCUGCACAGUAUGGUUGAUAAAGCCCAUGUCUUUUGCUAUGUAUAAUAUUCAUCAUAAUAGUGGGAUAACUGAUGCACCUGAUAAUUUACAUGUCUGAAUUGGACAUUACUGUGGAUGUGGGUUACCACCAUGAAGGACAUUGCCGUCCUAAAAGACCUUUAUUGAUCAGCUUGUAGACUUAUUCUUAAAAAAGGCACCCAGGUUCCUAUGAAUAC